AUGAUCUUUGCCAUUGAGGAGAUAAAUAACAGCACAGAGCUGCUGCCGGAAAUCAAACUUGGAUAUCAGAUCCACGACUCGUGUGCCUCCGUGCCAGUGGCUGUGCAUGCAGCAUUUCAGCUGACAAACGGCCAAGAUCCUUUGUUUUAUCAAAGUGAUAAUUGUUCUCAGUCUGGAGAGGUGAUGGGUGUUGUGGGCGAAUCUGGAUCCACUCCAUCCAUCAGCAUAUCACGUAUUAUUGGGUCUUUUAAGAUUCCCCAGGUGAGCCACUACGCCACUUGUGCCUCUCUGUCAGAUAAGAAGCAGUAUCCAACUUUUUUCAGAACAAUUCCCAGUGAUCAGUUUCAAGCUGAUGCGCUGGCCAAGCUGGUGAAACACUUUGGUUGGACUUGGAUAGGUGCUGUUCGAUCUGACUCAGAUUAUGGAAAUAAUGGCAUGGCAGCUUUUCUUGAAGUAGCACUCAGAGAGGGGAUCUGUGUGGAGUACUCUGAAGCCUUUUAUCGGACCAACCCACGCAGUAAAAUAAAAAGAGUCGCUGACAUUAUCCGGAGGUCAACAGCAAAAGUUGUAGUGGCAUUUGCAGCUAUUGGAGAGAUGAAGAUCCUGUUGGAAGAGUUGGCUCGGGAUCCUUCUCCGCCUCGUCAGUGGAUUGGAAGCGAAGCCUGGUUUACUGACACAGACAUGUUAAGCUUCACUUUCUGUGCAGGGGCUAUCGGAGUUUCCAUUCAGCAAUCUAAUAUCCCUGGCUUUAACAAUUUCCUUCUGAAUCUCUCUCCUUCUGAAGUAGCUGCUUCCUCAUUGCUCACUGAGUUCUGGGAGGAUGCAUUUAACUGCACCACAAGAAAAAGUGGUGGUACAGUAAGGAGAAUGUGUAAUGGAAAAGAGGAUUUAAUGACACUUCAAAGCCCGUACACUGAAACUUCUCAGCUGAGAAUUACUAACAUGGUGUAUAAGGCUGUUUAUGCAAUAGCACGAGCCAUUCAAAACACAUGGUUUCAAAAAAAGAAUUUCACUCUUUACAAAACCAUCAAGCUGAAGUCAGAAGAGGUUUUUACUGAGCUCAAAAACGUAAACAUUUCCCAAAAUGGUUAUCAUGUGUUAUUUGAUGCUAAUGGAGAUCCAGUGGCUUUUUACGAAUUGGUAAACUGGCAGCUGAACGAGAGAGGAGUUAUUGAGCCAGUAAAAGUGGGGUAUUAUGAUGCAUCACUGCCAGAAGGCAAGAAGUUCCGUAUCAACAGAAACAUAACUUGGGUGCAAGGUGGCUUAGAAGUACCAGUGUCCAUUUGCUCUGAGAGUUGUCCUCCAGGAAGUCGUAAAGUUUUGCAGAAAGGAAAACCCAUCUGCUGCUAUGAUUGUAUACCAUGUCCUGAUGGGGAGAUUAGCAAUAUGACAGAUUCUGCUGAUUGCUUCCUAUGCCCCAAAGAGUUCUGGCCAAAUGCAGAAAAAAAUGCCUGUUUCCCCAAAUCUGUGGAGUUUCUUUCCUUUGAUGAAGUGCUGGGAAUCAUUCUGGAAGUGUUUUCUGUUACUGGGGCCUGUUUGGCCAUUAUUACAGCAGUGGUUUUCUUUCGUCACAGAACAACUCCAAUGGUCAGAGCCAACAACUCAGAGCUGAGCUUCCUGCUGCUCUUCUCUCUGACUCUGUGUUUUUUAUGUUCAUUGACUUUCAUUGGCGCUCCAUCUGAGUGGUCUUGUAUGCUACGACACACAGUAUUUGGCAUCACCUUUGUCCUCUGUAUCUCAUGUGUUCUUGGUAAAACUAUCGUGGUUUUAAUGGCCUUUAAAGCUACACUUCCUGGUAACAAUGUCAUAAAAUGGUUUGGUCCUCCACAGCAAAGAAUGACUGUAGUUUCAUUUACAUUUAUUCAGGUUAUAAUUUGUAUUAUAUGGUUGGUUGUGAGUCCUCCAUUCCCAGUAAAAAAUUUAACCACCUACAAGGAGAAGAUCAUCCUGGAAUGUGCUUUAGGCUCUACUAUCAGCUUCUGGGCUGUGCUUGGCUACAUUGGCCUCCUGGCUGUUUUUUGCUUUGUGUUAGCUGUUCUAGCUCGGAAACUACCUGAUAAUUUUAACGAAGCUUAGAUGAUAACUUUCAGCAUGUUGAUAUUCUGUGCUGUCUGGAUCACCUUUAUUCCAGCAUAUAUCAGCUCUCCUGGAAAAUUUACUGUGGCUGUUGAGAUAUUUGCCAUUCUGGCCUCCAGCUUUGGACUGAUACUGUGUAUAUUUGCCCCAAAGUGUUUCAUCAUUUUGCUCAAGCCAUACAAAAACACAAAGAAAUAUGGGAACCUGACGGACAACCAUUUCACCCCUACCAAUUACCGAUUCACCAUACCAGCUACCAUCUUGUUCUCCCAAGACUCACUCCAUUUAUCAGCUCUCAUUGACUCAGGAAGUGAGCAAAAUUUAAUCGACCAACGUUUGGUGGAACUGGCUCAGAUCGACACUGAACUCCUUCCUAUCCCUCACCUGGUUUCUGCCAUUAACGAACCCCAACCCACUCCUUCACUAGUCAAACUGUCAAAAUUAGUUCCUGGUCCACUAACUGCGUCUCAUCCUGUUUAUAUUCAGCCGUUCUACCCAAACAACCAGAACCUGAUCCUGGAACAAUUUGAUCACAGAGCCUUCCGCUGGAUGAUGACAAUGGUGUUUGCUGUGGAGGAAAUAAACAACAUAUCAAGCCUACUACCAGGUGUUAAACUUGGCUAUCGCAUCUUGGACAGCUGUGACAAUGUCCCCAGAAGUCUGCAGGCUCUUUUCUCUUUACUAACAGGGUUGAGGUCAGAUGACAGGGCACAAACAUUAUUAACAACACAGAAUGAAACUCCCAGAUGUCUGUCUGGUUCUCACAUCCCUGCUAUCAUCGGUCUUGCAUCCUCUUCCCCAACAAGAGCUGUUGCUCAGGUUCUUGGCUCUUUCAGCAUCCCACUGGUGAGUUAUUUUGCCACUUGCACCUGUCUUAGUGACAAACAUAUGUAUCCAUCAUUUUUGCGGACUGUGCCAAGUGAUCUUUUUCAAGUUGGAGGUCUUGUACAACUGGUCACAUUCUUAGGAUGGCUCUGGGUGGGCACAAUAGGGACGACAGAUGACUACAGUCAGUAUGGAAUACAAGAAUUUUCGAAUCACUUUACACAGCGUGGCGGGUGUGUGGCAUUUCACCUCACUAUUCCGAAAUCACCCACAGUGACUGAGAUUCAAGAAAUGGCAGACAUACUGCAGAUUUCAACUGCACAUGUUGUGGUGGUUUUUGCAACAGAGGGACAGCUAUUGGAUCUCCUUUUAGAGGGAACGCUCGGCUUCUCCUUUCCUGGAGUCAGUAUCCCUGGGUUGAAAGAGUUCCUUCUGAAUGUCCGUCCUUCUCCCAAACAAGGGAUGGAAUUCAUCAACAUGUUCUGGGAAGAGCAGUUUGGUUGUCAGCUCAAGUUUGAUGAAAAUGUAACUAAUAUAGGUACUGCUAAAAAUCCUGUAUGUACAGGAUCAGAAGACCUAAGUAUCACAUCAAGCAGUUACACUGAUGUAUCUCGGGUCAGGAUAUCCUAUAAUGUGUAUAAAGCUGUAUUUGCCAUUGCCCAUGCUCUCCACAGCUUACUCAACUGUGAUUCUGCAGGGACUAAUGAGGGAGUGUGUCACAAAUACAAAGAAUUCACCUCAGGGCAGUUGCUGUACCAUCUGAGGAAAGAAAAUUUCACAAAUCAGUUUCAAGAGAGAGUUUACUUUGACACUAACGGAGAGCCAGUUCCUUUAUAUGACAUUAUUAACUGGCAGAAGGACAAUGAGGGGAAAAUCAGAUUUGUUAAAGUAGGAGGUUAUGAUGGUUCAGCUCCACUGGGACAACAAUUAAGGAUAAAUGACACCACUAUUGUAUGGACAGGAGGCCAGUCACAGGUGCCUGUAUCUCAGUGUAGUGCUCCAUGUCCCCCUGGCAGCAGACAGGCCAGGCGUCCUGGAAAAUCUCAAUGUUGUUUUGAUUGUUUGCCUUGUGCAGAAGGAGAGAUCAGCAACCAGACAGGCUCCACUGAGUGUAUCAAAUGCUCAGAGUCCUACUGGUCUGACAAACACAAGGUGAAAUGUGUCGCAGGGGUUGAAGAGUUCUUGUCAUUCAGUGAGACCAUGGGCAUUAUCCUAGUUGUACUGAUCUUGCUUGGCGUCAUCCUAACAAUCAUCAUUACUGUGAUCUUCCAUCGUUUCCGCACUACGCCCAUUGUUAAGGCCAACAACUCCGAAAUAAGUUUCUUGCUUCUGUUGUCGAUUAAGCUAUGUUUUCUCUGUUCCCUGGUGUUUAUUGGCCAACCCUCAGUGUGGACCUGUAUGCUUCGUCAGUCUGUGUUUGGGAUUAGCUUUGUAAUCUGUCUGUCCUGUCUCCUGGUUAAGACUGUUGUGGUUCUUUUGGCUUUUCGGGCUAAUAUACCAAGCUCCAGGGGGCUGAAGCUGUUUGGGCCAUCCCAACAGAGGACUAUGAUCCUCUGCACAACAACUCCUCAGAUUUGUCUGUGUGUUGGCUGGCUGUUGGGUGCACCUCCUUUCCCUGUAAGGAAUCCUACAUACCAAGCUUCAUAUGGAAAAAUUGUUUUGGAGUGUAAGGAACCAUGGCCACUUGGAUUUUACCUGCUCCUAAGCUACAUUGGCUUGCUUGCUUUUGUGUGCCUUCUCUUGGCGUUUCUUGGACGGAAGCUGCCAGAUACCUUUAACGAAGCCAAGUUCAUUACCUUCAGUAUGCUGAUUUUCUGGGCGGUGUGGAUCUGUUUCAUUCCAGCUUAUGUUAGCUCACCUGGAAAGUUCUCAGUAACUGUGGAAAUAUUUGCAAUAUUAGCCUCCAGUUUUGGCCUGUUGUUGUGUAUUUUUGUGCCCAAAUGUUACAUAAUUCUACUGCAUCCUGAAAGGAACAUUAGAAAAGGUAUGACUGGAAAAUAUAAUAGAUAAACCCCAUCAAGUUUGAUGUAGUUGU